CGCUCACAAGAAUAGUAUGGAGAGUACUCAACCAUCCGAGACUGCUUCUGCAGCGCAGAUCAACACAAGUGAAAAUAUUUUUAAAACAGACACACCAAAAGCUGGUCUAGUGAAGCACAAGGCAACACAUAGUUGGCUGCCGGUUUGCGUUUCACCCGAGACCACUGAACCACUCAGCUCAAGCAUUUCACAGUCCAAAUCAACCAAUACAAACGUAUCACAGGCCAACUCAAGUGUUCCACGUUCCAACUCAAGUUUAUCUCGACCAAUCUCAAUCAAUACAAGUAUAUCACUACCCAACUCGAGUGUAUCGCAGCCUAGCCCAAGUGUAUUGCAGCCUAGCUCAAGUGUGUCACAAAGCAGCCCAAGUAUAUCGCAAUCGGGUGGUAUAGGUGUCAAACAAGAUCCGGUAGAAGUCCGUACACGGCCACAGAUUACUAUCAAUUUCCGCUGGAAGCAGUCGAACAAAAUUAGAUCGAAAACUAUAUUCUCCUCCAUCGGAGCGAAGGCACGCAAAGAAUGCAGGGCGCCUGCUUCGGUGAUCAGUAAGAAAACACCCCUGACUCAAAAUAUACAGACUGGUGGCAGUGUUGCAAGGAUAUCUCAGGUGGUAGAACGCCCUGACUUCAGCAUCGAUAGUAUAUCCCUCGCCGAAGCAUCUUCACCUUUUCGGUUCAAUCGCCAGCAAUGGUUGAGGCAUUUUACAAAGCCGCUGAGGGAUCAAACGCGCAUGAGCGCUCCUCCAUCUGAUUGGCACAUGCGCUCGUACUUCCGCUUGCUCAGAGAAGAUGGCCUGGAAAGGAUACAAAGGAAAAAUGCGUUGCGGAAGAUUGCCAAUGCAGAUUUUAGUGGGGCAGCCACCAAGUCUCACACUAGAACUGCGGGUACUGUCGACAGCUGUGCCCCCUCUUCGGUCGUCUCAAAAGCCAAUACGAAAAAGUUGGCGGGUAAUGAUCGCGUCGAUUUUGAAACAAACUCGUUUACAGUCACAGAGAGCACGGUGCAUCGGACGGCCACUAUGCCGAUGAUGUCCAGUGCUGGCACCGAAGUCAUAGAGGAGGACAAUGUGUAUGACUUGUUAGAGGCUCAGUAUCUGCAACAACACAUCAAUGCACUUGCAUUAGUCCAAGACGAUCACGAGCAACAAGCCGGCGAUUGCGAAUCUACCAAUUCCGGACAUAAUUUUAGCCCUAGUGAUAAAAGCCUAAGCGCUGGUCUCGUAGGUUCUGUACUAGGAGGUGCCAGUCCAUUCGCUGGGGUGUAUAUGCCAAUCGAUUCGACUGUGUCCGGUGUCGGCAGCAAUUUGUACCAGGUUUCGGGCACGCAGAAGCAAACCGGUGCGGGAUUAUCAAAUACGCACAGUCAGACUCAAAGUACCCAUCCAGCAUACACCACACAGCCUGCAACCAGUAAUGCUGCUAAUACUAUUCUUAGUAGUAGUGCCAAUAACAUGGUGGCUUCCAAUGCUAAUCGUGUAACCAGCGGGAAUAAUCCUGCAAUUGUGAGUGGAGCAAUGAACCCCAUACCACUCAACACCGACAAAGCCAGGGCCGUGAGUAACGCGACACCAACUGGGAAAACUACCGAUGGAAUUGUAUACGCACAAGCCAAAGUAGUGCAACCCGGCGCAAACACGCUGACAGCCACAUCCGGUGUCACCCCCACUACCACACCACCUCAAGCAUUCAGCCCCGCCCAAACAAAUCCCCACACACUGCCACACAACGGCCAAUCUAAUUCCAUGCCCUCUUCCGCCCCUACAAGUGCAUCAAUCGCGUCAUCUAAACAACCUGAGCGAGAAAGUUGCAGUGUCAAUUCAUAUGGUACAGUCAACAAGAACGGCGGUGGUUCUGACAGUUCGACCGCAGACACGGCAAAUAGGGCAGGUCCUGCGAUGAAAAGCGCAUGUGUUCCGGGACCGCGAGCGGCUGUGGGGUCUGCAGGGGGUGCCGCACUAGAGGGUGGAGUGACCAUCAAUGGUGUUUCUGCCGAAAAAUUCAAAUUCACUACCCCUGGUCCCGGUUUAUAUGAUGCCAUCGGCAAUGUAAAGGAGGUGCAGACCUCGUGUGUCAUCAACCUGUAUUAUUCGGGAUAUAGUCUGGGCGAAAAAGCCGACGGGGUCGUGUUCCCAUACGACCGCGGCAGCCACGAACUAUUGGAUGCGAUUGACAAUCGUACUCUCCCUUUGGAGCUCGUAUCACUUAUCGACGUCUUGCCCGGCGUCAAGCGAGUUAAUGGCGGUAUUUUCGUAGAAGUUCGAGAUCAUCGCGAACCGAGCGCAUUGGAUCUACCUGCCCCCACCGUCUCGCGUGUAUUCUUGAGGCCAACACCAUUGCAUGUGGUCAGCUAUGCGCACGAAAUCGCGCUAAAGGCUGCGCAGAAGGAGUGGGGAGAAAGAGAGUUAUUGCAGAUAGAAGCAAAAGUCAUCGCGGCCACCAGCACGCAAGCCUUGUGUUUGGAUCCGAGUCCCUUUGUGCACUAUGUAAAUAUCAGUUCACAUUACAACAGACACAAGCUACAUGCUGUGCUGCACAACAGAAAGUGCAAGAGCGCAAAGCAGAAAGCAUCUGCAAGGCAAUCCGCCGAAGUACAUUGGGACUUCGCUGCAAAUUUGUUCGAUCAAGGAAUGGAGAUUACCGAAAUGAGUUUAAGUGAUGGCGAAGAUGUCUCUGGUUCAGAAGUGGGAUUGGUUGAAAAGCCUUUCAAGAGAUCAGCGAGUAUACCUGUGCAGUCUGCUAUGAGUAAGCGUUACAAAUCAGAGGCAGUGACCACACGCAUAGUGACCACACGCAUUGUAGUCUCGACUGAAGACAAGGCAGUGAGCGCAAACCAAGUGCAAAAUUCAUGGACUGAGCGUAUCAGCGGCCGUUCCCAGUCCCAAUUUGCAGUUCUCAAUUUCUUGGGACGCCUCAGAGGGAGUACAGAUGCGAACAUGUCUCCACUUCAUUCGAGCUUGGAUGUGACGGUAUGCAAUCGUUCUCGAGUGCGAGACCCGUAUGCGUUGAACGCUGUGGGGGCAGCGAGCGCUGCAAAGACACCAGUUACAAGCAGAGUGGCAGUGAAAUUACCGACGACACGGCCCGAAAUACCAACGCGACUCAGUACUGGAGCUAUCCAUUGCAGAACAGUUGUUUUUCAGGGCAAAGCUGGUUCAACUGGACUGGACAUCGUACUUAAUCGGAACAGUGUAUAUGAAGGCAUUUUGCGCAUCGUAAAAUUACCGCGCAGUGCGGAGCCAACAAUGAAACAGUUUGUGCUGGGUGAUUACUCUUGCGCUGAUCAUUACGUGAUGGACUUCAAGAAGCUAUACAAACUAGAAGGCAAUGUCUGCACCAAGGACGAGACCUUUUACCCUCCACGUACAAUCAUCAGUAAAACCCCCGUACCAGCAGACACACAAUUUAGCUCUUCUGAAACGUCUGAUGUCGGCAGCAAACCAUUGCAAGGAUCUGCAGCCUUGCCGUCCACGAAUCUACCCGCGUAUACAACCAACAAUAUACCGAAACCAACCCAGUCACACAAUGCGUAUCAAAACAGUCAGAAACUCGGCGGUAUGGCUAUGUCGGGCAGUAAAUCACAGGCACACAAAAAUUACGUGCAGAGUAACAUGCAACUGAACACUGCACCUUUAACUCAACAUCAGAAUCAGCAACGAGUCAGUGCAGUGCAGCAAAAUCCGACAUACAACACUGUAACGACUACCACCACAUCUUCACCAGCAGCAUAUCCACAACACUCUAAUACUGCGCGUGCCGCUACCAAACCGCAUACCAAACCCAACCAACGCCAAAUGCAGCAGCAGUUCAAGAUUGAACGCCGCACGUCGUCUACCGGCUCUGUUGCCAUGAGCACGCCCUCAGUUGCCACCACAACCGUGAAUGCUACGACAUCACAUCAGACCACAUCAGGCGUAGGUGGGGCUGUUCCGGCCAUAAAUAAGUUCACAGGUGCAUCAAUGGGUACAGCUGGGGGUACACGCCCACUCCUUGCAUCAGCAGUGUAUCAGCCUACCACUACCACCGCCAUUCCGCAGCAGACGUAUGCCCCAUCUACUGUACAGCCCCAAACUGAAGGUGCCGCAUCAUCGUACAAUACAGGAUAUGCACCGACGCCCACGUCCAAUACAUACGCUUCCACAAGGAAUAAUUCUUAUAUACCAAAUUCGAAUGGAUUGCAGACCAACUAUCCGGCGACAAAAUACGCCAACCCCACAUAUGAAAACAAAUCGGCGACCAGCUCUUCAAAGCAAUUUACAAGCAAAUAUGCAGCCAGUGGUGGGAAACAGUACGCUGCCAACACCACCAACAAUGCUUCCGUCAAUCACGCCGCGACCAUCAACACGCCUAAGCAGACCGGGGGACAGGUGUUGCCAAUGAAUGCCAACAGUAUGUCAACAAAAACAAGCAAGCAAUCCGUAAAUAAUACUAGGCAAUCUUUAAACGGUACUAGGCCUACGGUGGUGAGCAGUACACAAGCUACGAAUGUUAGUCAACAGUUAGUGGGGAAGCGAACAUCGUUCCAGGCCAACUAUCAAACACAUUACAGUACUCCUGUAACGACUACGCCAGGUGCUGCGUUAAACAGUGCCAGUAGUGGCAGCAUGCUGAAUAGGGUGACAACUUCAUACUCGAAUGGCUUUCAGUCGACGAGUGGCAAUGGAGCCGGAGUCAAUGGCAGUGUAGGAUCUAGUGUUGUACCCAAUACUCCAGGCACAGCUUCGAGUACAACCACGGAUGCUAGGCGUGCAUCAGUAUCCGUCAGUCGCCGAUCGAGCGCAUCAUCCACAGCGUCCCCGACAGCUACGUCCUACCUGUCCAAACAGUCGGGCGCAUCUGUGUAUCAGCAGCACGCAAAUCAACGCGUCAACCAACCCGCGUCACAGCAAGCGAAGCAGACUAACACUCAAAGUACUGAUACUGUUAGCACCGCUGUCAUGACUCCCAAUAACGGUUAUGGAAUUGCUGGUAGUGCUAGGUACAGUGAUAAAAAUAUUGGCGCACUUUCAAAUACUGGCAUCGGCGUGUCCCAGGUACCCGUGACGGGCGCACAGCUGUCACAACAAUCAACCAAUCAUGAAGUUACAUCGUCGGUGCAGCAGCUGUCACGGCCACAAGUGCAGUCAGCGCAACAUACACGUAUACCAUCAGGCAAAAAUGCACACGCCAUCAGCUCACAUUCAGCGAAUUUACCUCCAACAAAUACGGCUUCAAUGUCAGCAGCAACCUUAUAUACACAGUCAGGUCCACCACAGCAGCCCCACGCAACCUAUAACACAUCAAUCGCUUCAUCCACUACUUCCAAUGUACAGCCUACAAAUGUACCGAAAACAAAGUUUGUUGCACACUCAAUGCAUGCAACGUACACAUCAUCCAACAAUUCCACUACAACUACGUCUACAUCGCCCGAUAUCCAAACACUUGGUACAAAUAAUACCAAUGCCAACGCCAAUUUACCACAGACAGACACGCGUGCAAUCGGGUGCGAGACCGCCGCAGCCACUGUUGGCUAUAAUUAUGGCACAGCGACUAGUACAUCUGGCACUGUAGGUGCCGUGCAGCCUAUGGUCGCCCGUGACAUGAAAUCGGCUACCUUGACCACAUCACCCGCUCUAGGUGGUGAUGGGGCGGGUGUGAGGGCUAGCGUCGCAGAUGCAUCUCCAGGUAAUCGAAACACACCAGGAGCAAAUACAUGGGCUGCACAAAUGUCUACUGCACAUUCCAACGGACUAAUGCAUACGAAACUCAGCUCUCCUCAGAUUUCACACUCUGGCACACAGCAAAUUAGUCAGGUAAAUAACGACCAGACCCAACAAAGCAGUCGAUUGAAUAGCACCCAGUACAGCGCUCAACAUCAACGUCAAAUCCUAACCCAGUCUGCUAGUCAAUCUCAACUGCCUGCUGGCCAAUCCAGGCCAUUAGCAGGUCAGUCACAGCCGUCUGCUACUCAGGCGCAAUGGUCUGCCGAUACUUCACAGCCUUCAGUCGGUGGAGCACAGCUAUCCACCGGCCAAUCACAGCCAAUGCCCGGUCAUUCGCAGUCGUCUAGCCAGCUACAACUAGCCGCCACAUCGUCUCUGGCGCCCACCGAUCAAAGCAAACUGCCGACCACACAAUUGUCAUCGUCCAGUAAUCAGCCCCAGCUGUCCUCUGAACUACCACAAGCAUCUGCCAGCGAUUCACCACAUAUAAGCUGUCAGUCGAUGCCUAGCACAACACAUAUACAGCCCAUUGCAAGCGACUCGCACUUGCGCACCAGUCAAUCAAAUACGGAGCAAGCACCCGUCGUUGAAGCAAAAUCUACGAAUCCGCCGCCUGUAUCAAGGUCGUCGUCAGUGAAUUUGGAUAGCGCUCCGCUAUUGGCAAAGCCUCCACAGCAAGGGCACCCGAAUCAGCCUCCGGACAAGGCGCAGGAGUCACAAGUACAACAGCUACCCGAGCAGUCACAAUUGCAACUCGAGGGCGCAUCACCCACUCUGACUAUACACCCACAGCAAGGUGACGGGACACCAAUUUCACAACAACAGAUGGCGAGCACCUCAUCUGCAUUGGGAGUAUGUGCACAGCAAUCAGGCUGCGAGCCACACUCAGAGAGCUCGUCAACACUGGUAGCUCAUAAGGGGUACGUUGGACCUAUAAAGAUGUCGCAGCAAACCCCUUUGCAACAAUAUGCGCAGCAUCAACUGUCGACACAACCAUCGCAGCUUUUGCCCAAGUCGCAAUCGACAUCGACACUACAGCCAACAGAAUCACCUCCAUCAUCGCAGCCAUCGCCUUUACCACGCACGUAUCAUACACGCCAGAAAAAUGCAAACCAGGCCCAAGUAUCGCAAAUGCAAACUCGCCAAGACAAAGUUUAAAUUGUUGGUUAUCUGGCUUGUUCCCGAUGAGCCCUGUUGGUGACACGGGUAUGGAUAGUGUUGUUUGCCACGAUGUAACGAGUCCCCAACACUGAACUUGCGGCGAAUAAAAAAAUAAACUUCGGAGCAAACACCUUCAUGGUGAGCACGGCCAGCAUAUAC